UCAGAGAGAUUUACUAGGAGAGGGAGAGAUUGUGAGUUCUAGGAAAAUAGAAAGAUUUCAUUAGUAAGAGAUCAUAGAAUAGGAUUGGCUCUUGGGCACCAAGAAUAUUGGGUGCAACUGAGAACACAAGGGGAGCUUGGUGCCUGGGCAAGUAGAGCAUUUGGUAGAGCUGAGAACACAAGGAAAACUUAGUGCCUGGGCAAGUAGAACAUUUGGCAGAGCUGAGAGCACAAGGGGAGCUUGGUGCCUGGGCAAGUAGAACAUUUGGCAGAGCUGAGAACACAAGGGGAGCUUGGUGCCUGGGCAAGUAGAACAUUUGGCAGAGCUGAGAACACAAGGGGAGCUUGUUGCCUGGGCAAGUAGAACAUUUGGCAGAGCUGAGAACACAAGGGGAGCUUGGUGCCUGGGCAAGUAGAACAUUUGGUAGAGCCGAGAACACAAGGGGAGCUUGGUGCCUAGGCAUGUAGAACAUUUGGUAGAGCUGAGCACACAAGGGGAGCUUGUUGCCUGGGCAAGUAGAACAUUUGGCAGAGCUGAAAACACAAGGGGAGCUUGGUGCCUGGGCAAGUAGAACAUUUGGCAGAGCUGAGAGCACAAGGGGAGCUUGGUGCCUUGGCAAGUAGAACAUUUGGCAGAACUGAGAGCACAAGGGGAGCUUGGUGCCUGGACAAGUAGAACAUUUGGCAGAGCUGAGAGCACAGGAGCAAAGCAGAAGGUCGCUGGAAGUGUGGACAGGUGGUACCAUAUACCUGAAGGAUGGAGAUUCUACGAUGCACCUUAAUGCUGAUGUCUAUCUCUGGUUCCCUGGCAGACUCUACCCCUCGGUACAGCUACACAACAGAACAGGAAGACGUGUUUGAGUGUGAGUUAAUACUUCCAGACUGUACAACAUCAACACAGGAGCCCACCUCAGCCAGCACAACUUCCAUAUGGACGUCUACAACUCAUCUGACAGGCACUCUCACAACAAAUGCAACACAUAACAUAACAACAACAACUGUUAUUCCUACCGUAGAUACAACAACGGAACAGCCCAACACAAAUGCUACUAGUACAACAGGUGAAACAGCAACAACGAUCACCAGUCCAUCAGAGACCUCAAGUACAAGCCACGUGACAGUUACAGGGCAAACAACUGCAGACACAACUACCAUGAACCCAUCAACGGAAUUCAACGUGACGGACUUCACAACUGGGGCAACAACUACAGAUGGAAUUAUAAGUACAACAGAGAACACUCAAACAACCUCAAAUAAAGCAACUGAAGCUACUACAAGAGACACGACAACAAGUGGAGGUGAUGUUACCACCACCAACGUUACAACAGGGACAACAGCUACAGACAGUUCCUCAUCAACUACAAUUACUACAGUUGACAACACUCAGACAACCACAGAUAAAACAACUGAAGCUACUACAAUAGACACGACAACAAGUGGAGGUGAUAUUACCACCACCAACGUUACAACAGGGACAACACCUACAGACAGUUCCUCAUCAAUUACAACUACUACAGUUGACAACACUCAGACAACCACAGGUAAAACAACUGAAGUUACUACAAGAGACACAACAACAGCAAGUAGAGGUAGUGUAAAUUCCACCACCAACAUUACAACAGGGACAACACCUACAGACAGUUCCUCAUCAAUUACAACUACUACAGUUGACAACACUCAGACAACCACAGGUAAAACAACUGAAGUUACUACAAGAGACACAACAACAGCAAGUAGAGGUAGUGUAAAUUCCACCACCAACAUUACAACAGGGACAACACCUACAGGCAGUUUCUCAACAAUUACAAUUACUACAGUUGACAACACUCAGACAACCACAAACAAAACACCUGAAGCUACUACAAGAAACACAACAACAGCAAGUGGAGGGGGUGUUAAUUCCACCACCAACAUUACAACAGGGACAACAGCUACAGACAGUUCCUCAUCAAUUACAAUUACUACAGUUGACAACACUCACACAACCACAGAUAAAACAACUGAAGCUACUACAAGAGACACAACAACAACUGGAGGUGGUGUUACUUCCACCGAUGUUACAACAGGGACAACACCUACAGACAGUUUCUCAACAAUUACAAUUACUACAGUUGACAACACUCAGACAACCACAGAUAAAACAACUGAAGCUACUACAAGAGACACAACAAGUGUAGGUAAUGUUACUUCCACCGAUGUUACAACUACAGACAGUGCUUCAUCAACUAGAAUUACUAUUAUUACAGGAGACAACACUCAGGCACCCUCAGAUAAAACGACUGAAGCUACCACCACUAAGGUUACAACAGGGACAACAACUACAGAUAAACCUUUAACAACUGAAGCUGUGACUUCUGAAGCAGGACUGUGCCCUGUGAAUAUGUACGGACAAAAGUGCCAGUUUAUUCAAAACGAGAUCAUGACAGAGAGGGUUAUCAUUAAGAUGGGGGUCAGUGUCCGCUUGACGAACCAGCAGUUUUCUCCGGAGCUGAGCAACAAUUUAUCUGAGGCCUAUCGAUCAUUCGAGAGGAGGUUCAACCAACAGAUGGAAGAGUUGUACAAGAAUAUUCCAAACUACAAAGGGAUACGGAUCAGAUCUAUCAAGAACGGGAGUGUCAUUGUGGAACACGACGUCCUCGCAGAAGUCAAAUUCGAAACCAUGAUGCAGGAAUAUAACCAGUCCUGCGCGCUUAUCAACGCCACCUUGAAUGCGAUGAGCUGCACUUCUCUGGAAAAUGAUCCCCUGUGCUUCAGUGCCGGAGACACCGCUGUGUGCCAACAAAAGCUCGAUGAAUCAGGGCUGUGCUCGGAGCUGAGCUCCAUCCCCAGGGAAAUGCAACAAUAUUUUUAUGCUCUGCCAACAAAGAAGGCCUUGCUGUGUGUGACCCCCUGCAGCACGAAGAGCCCCCACCCUGUGAAAUGCAUCAUGGGACAGUGCUUUGUCAGCCAGAGUGGCCCCAGCUGCUACUGUGACACGUCGGAGCGGUUCUGGUACACAGGGGAGCGGUGCCAGAUGACUAUCAAUAAGGCAGGAGUGUACGGCGGAGUGACGGUGGGGCUGGCGGUGCUGCUCAUAGUGAUUGUGCUGCUCUCCAUCUUCCUACACAAGCGGCACAAAGCGGCGCUCUUCUAUAAGUGGAGAAGCUCCGACAGAUCCGAGUUCGGUUGGGAGAAACACAGAAAGCAGAGCGCCCAGGGCAAGAACCCAGACCAUAUGAACAGCAUGUGGGGUCCUGAAGGAAUAUUCCAGGCCAAUAGUGGGACGAGCCAUGCCAGACUGAAGUAGAUGCCGGAAUCCAGAAAGUAAGGGGCCCCUUGUUCCUGGGGGUCACAGCCAAGACCUAGAAGAGAGUCCAGCGUCCAGCCUAUACCUACUGGUGAAAGAUAUUGUCUGUACCUGUACUGCAUGUGUAUAUAUUCUAUUCUACGGUAUCUCUCUGUACAGGCUAUUAGCAAACUUAGGGGGCUGUUCCUGCUGAAUUGUGCUUAGUACAGGGG